AUGGCGAGGGGAAGAGGUUGGAAAACACCAGUUAUGAACGAGGGUAGCUCAAUUGGAACUUGUGUGGACGAAGAAGGGUCACAGAAGCAGGAACAAGCUCAAAAAGGGGAAGCAUGUUUUGAAGCUGAGGUACCUAAAAGCUCUAAAGUAGCUAGGAGAUUGAGCUUAGAAUCACAAAGAACUAAUGAGGAAGUACUUGGGAACUCAGAUCUGGAAGGGUUUGAGGAUGAAAUCAAAGUUGAUGGCAAUGGAACAGUAACAAGGAGUUCAGAGGAGAAGACAAAUGGAGAUAAUGCAGGUACUGAACAGGAACAAAAGAAGGAGGCAAAUGAGCCAUGGGUUAAUAUGUUUAAGAACAAUCGAGUAGCAAGUAAUGGAAUGCAACUCUCCUACUUUCCUCCACAGGUAGUUAAUGGGCAAGCAUUGGUGCAGCUUGAAGAGAAAGAGGUGCAGGAAGAAGAACAGAAAUGGAAGUGUGCUCUCAUUGCUUAUGUGAUUGGAGAAUGCCCAGGGUACAAUACUAUGAAGAGAUACAUAAUGAUGAAUUGGUCAAGUGUGAAGAAGCCUGAAGUGUUUCUUCAUGAGGAUGGAUACUACCUAAUCAAGUUUCAGAAGAUAAGUGACAUGAAUGAGAUCUUGUUCUCAGGGCCUUAUACUAUCAACAAUCGACCAAUUAUCCUGAAACAAUGGUGUUCUGAGUUUGAUUUUGGGAGUGAAUUCCUAAUAGAAAUUCCUCUAUGGGUGAAUUUUCCAAAAUUACCUCUAAAGUGUUGGGGAGUGGGAUCAUUGAGUAGGAUAGCAAGUGCUAUUGGAGUUCCUAUUUUUGCUGAUGAAUGUACCACUAAACAAACAAGGAUCUCAUAUGCUAGGAUGCUUGUUGACGUUAAUGUUACAAGAGCUAUACCCCAGAAAAUAGCAGUAGUGGAUCCAAAUGGGAAGACAUUUAUGCAAGAUGUAGUGUUGGAGUGGAGGCCUCAGUACUGUGAUAAAUGCCAGAAGAUAGGACAUGUAUGUCAAGUGGAGGUUGAUCCAAAAGAGAAGGCACAAAAGAGAAGAAGACCAUGGAAGAAAGUAACUCAAACUUGGCAAUAUAAAGGUCCAAUCUCACAGAAGAAUGAACAAGAGAAGAAGGGUGAACAAAGACAAGAGUACAUUCUCAGUCCAAAACAGAAUAAGCAGAAGGAAGAGCAGGAAGAAGAACAGGUGAGAGGAAAGAAGUUAGAGCAGCAAACACCAAAAAAUAAUGAUGAACAGGAUUAUAGACAGCUGGAAAUGAGUUUGGCUAACUUUCCUAUACUGAAACCAAUACCAACAAGGAAUGGUUUUGAGAGUCUUAUGCAUAAUAAAAUGGCUUCACUAUCUAUUGAUAGAGGAUUAGUGGAAACAAGAGUUAAAAACAAAAAUGUGAACUUUGUUCUUAAAGGAAUAGCACCAGGGUGGCAGGUUCUACAUAACUAUGAUGAUAGUCCUAAUGGAAGGAUUUGGUUGAUAUGGGAUGAUAACUGGUAUGAGGUCAAGAAGAUUAAUAUCUCAGCUCAAAUGUUGCAUUGUCAGAGAAAAAGUUUGUGGAAAGAAAUGGAUACAAUGGCAAAAGGUAUUUCUCAACCAUGGCUUAUAGUAGGGGAUUUUAAUGCUAUACUGUCUACUAAGGAUAGAUUAGCUGGAGUCCCUGUUACUAAUAAUGAGAUAAAAGAUUUUGGUGAUUGUGUGAGAGACGUGGGGGUUAAUGAAUUGCAGUGGACAGGAAAUUACUAUACUUGGACUAACAAGCAAUAUGGGAAGGAUAGAAUUUCCAGUAGAAUAGAUAGAGCAUUUGGAAAUGAUGAAUGGAUGGAUAAAUGGGGGCAUGUAAAUGUAGAUUAUGGGAAUCCAAGCAUAUCUGAUCAUAGCUCUAUGAUGAUAAUACUUCAAAAAACUCAGCAGCAUGGGAAAGGUAGCUUUAAAUUCUUCAAUGUUUGGACUGAGCAUGAGAGUUUUAUGGAAAUGGUAGAAACUAUCUGGAAAAAAGAGUAUGGUUAUAACAAAAUGAAGCAGGUGUGGUGUAAGUUGAAGGAUCUUCAGCAUGUUCUAAAGAAGUUAAACAGGAAAGAGUUCAAGUAUAUUGGGAAACAGAUUGAUAUGGCUAGAAUAGAGAUUGCAAAUGUUCAAAACCAGCUAAAUGAUCAAGUUACUGAUGAAUUGAUUGUGCAGGAGAAAGAGUUGUUGAUUAAACUUGAAAAUGGUCAUUGA